GUCUGGACAAAGCGGCGACGGAGAAAAUGAGUCGCCGCAAUCGGUCUCUUCUCGUUUUACAAAUGGCUAUAAUAUAAGAAAAAUAUAAAGUGAAUACAACGGUCUUAUGUCCAGUGAACUCCUAAACAUGGCAACUGAGGAGGAGAGGGGCGUAGUGCGUGUCAAAGUCAAGGUGAGGAAGAUGUGAAUGAUGGAAUAGCAGCGGCUAGCUAGCUGGGCUACCCUGGCGUAUUUUGACAGGUAUCACAUUUCCAGAUAGAUAGCUAGCUAGCUAUUGUCAUCACUGUGGCCGACGUAUUUGAGCCAUUUCACAUGACAUUUGCUGUAGCUUGUAGCGUGCCUUCUUGAUGUUGGAACUGCUAAUUCACUUCAUCUGCCCAGUCCAGACCAGUGCUUUGUUUUUUGUUUUUAGCAUUGAGCCUGCUGUUGCUAACAUCUAAUGAGAAAAGUGUACAGUAUGGUGUUUUCAAGACAAGGAGGAGGGGGGUCAAAUCUUGACGUCAGUGAUCUUCAGGUCGAAAGUCGGAGGUCAAGAACGAUGCACACGUUUCUGACUUGGAAUUCAUAAUUGUAUGACCAUUCCUGUGGAGCUCGUUUUUUCCCCGAGUUCCCAGGGGUAAAAAAACACGCUGAAAUCGGAAUUUGAAAAUGUCAGAUUUCCAAGUUGUUUUGAACGCGGCAUUAUUCUACCGUAACCAACCCUCUUGGAUCUUCUGACUACAAAAAGUCAAUAAUUGAUUUAAGAAAAAUAAAUCUAGCUAACAGAUUAGGGAGAUUCGGGGAUUGACAAUGGGUUUACCUGCUGAUGUGAUGCGUUGUGAUCAUGCACUCGGAAAAGCAUAGAAAGCAAGAUUGUAAGUCAACUGAUCUUAACAAGUCUUGACAGUUAGCUAGUAGGUUAAUUGUGUUAUUCCAAAUAAUGAAUUCAGCGAUUCACAGACAGAACCCCACAGUGACGUGGCUGGGUGAUAUGAAGUUAGCUAGAUGGUUUUUAGUACAAGUGAGUCAUUUAGUAAACAUCACCACUCCAGGGGUGUAUUCAUUACGCUGAUUCUGUUUCAAAAAGUUUCGCCAGUUGCGAAAGUUUUGCAACAAACCAUUUACCAAAUGCAAACGAGAGUUUCUAUUGGACACAUUCAGAUAGGUUUUGCAACAGAUUCGGCAUAAUGAUUACAACCCAGGGGUGUAUUCUUUAGAGGGUUUAUUCAUUAUUCGGUUUCAGUUGCAAAACGUUUUGUCUUGUUGCAAAAUGCAAGCCGAUUUACUCCAAACUGAAACCGUUUUGCAACGAAAACGAGAGUUACUAUUAUUAGACCAAUUCAGGUAGGUCCCGGACUCCCUCACCUUUUCGUUUGCUCUGUUUGCUUCUGUUUGGUUCUUAAACGGUAAAUUGUUUCCAAUGCAAGUUGCAAUGAACACUCCCCUGGUGACAGAUAGCUGACUAAACUAAACUCCACCAUAUAGAGCCCCACAGUGGCGGUGUCAUAAAACCUAGCAGUCAAACAAGGAAAUGGUUCCAAUCAUUUCCCACUAUCCAUUUCCCAUAGGAGAUUUUAGAAACACUUAAAAUAAGAGCUGUGUUUCGUGUAGGCUUAUCCUGGUGUCUCUCGGACAAGGUGACUUUUAUCAGUAUGCUUGGCUUUAUUUAGUCUCAGAUUCAAAUGCUAAUUAGCAUCAAAGUAGACAUCAUGCAAAACUAAAAAUCCCUGCAAGCUCCUGCACAUCAUCUCUAGCUGACACCUUUGCUAACAGGUAUUGUCUAAAUUUAAAACUUGCACAAGACAGUUCACAAAAUUGUCAAUUUAAAGAAAUGUAGCCAAUUUAUUCAUUACUACGUUUAGCUAACAUUAGAUAGUUAAUCGAGAGAUUCUUACCUUUGUCUCGAUUCGGCAGUCUCGUCCAGAUCAUGGCAUUUGUAGUUCUUUAUGAUAGCCACAUUAGCAGCUAAUUAGCGUUUAAUCUUUGGUGGGUAAAUACAGGUGAAUACAGUGCAUUCGGAAAGUAUUCAGACCCCUUCACUUUUUCCACAUUUUGUUACGUUACAGCCUUAUUCUAAAAUUGAUUAAAUAUAUUUUUUUCCUCAUCAAUCUACACACAAUACCCCAUAAUGACAAAGCAAAAACAGGUUUUUAUAAAUUUUUGCAUAUAUAUAUAUUUAUUAUUUUACGGAAAUAUUCCAUUUACAUAAGUAUUCAGACCCUUUACGCAGUACUUUGAAGCAUCUUUAGCAGCGAUUACAGCCUGGAGUCUUCUUGGAUAUUAUGCUACAAGCUUGGCACACCUGUAUUUGGGGAGUUUCUCCCAUUCUUCUCUGCAUAUCCUCUCAAGCUCUGUCAGGUUGGAUGGGGAGCGUCGCUGCACAGCUAUUUUCUGGUCUCUCCAGUGAUGUUCGAUUGGAUUCAAGUCCGGGCUCUGCAUGGGCCACUCAAGGACAUUCACAGACUUGUCCUGAAGCCACUCCUGCAUUGUCUUGGCUGUGUGCUUAUGGUCGUUGUCCUGUUGGAAGGUGAACCUUCGCCCCAGUCUGAGGUCCUGAGUGCUCUGGAGCAGGUUUUCAUCUAGGAUCUCUCUGUACUUUAUUCCGUUCAUCUUUCCCUCGAUCCUGACUAGUUUCCCAGUCCCUGCCGCUGAAAAAUAUCCCCACAGCAUGAUGCUGCCACCACGCUUCACCGUAGGGAUGGUGCCAGGUUUCCUCCAGACGUGACGCUUGGCAUUCAGGCUAAAGAGUUCAAUCUUGGUUUCCUCAGACCAGAGAAUCUUGUUUCUCAUGGUCUGAGAGUCCUUUAGGUGCCUUUUGGCAAAUUCCAUGCAGGCUGUCAUGUGCCUUUUUACUGAGGAGUUGCUUCCGUCUGUCCACUCUACCAUAAAGGCCUGAUUGGUGGAGUGCUGCAGAGAUGGCUGUCCUUCUCAAAGGUUCUCCCAUCUCCACAGAGGAACUGGAGCACUGUCAGUGACCAACAAGGCCCUACUCCCCCGAUUGCUCAGUUUGGCCGCGUGGCCAGCUCUAGGAAGAGUCUUGGUGGUUCCAAACUUCUUCCAUUAAUGUUGGAGGCCACAGGUGGCUAACCACAGGUGGACUCCAAUCAAGUUGUAGAAACAUCUCAAGGAUGAUCAAUGGAAACAGGAUGCACCUGAGCUCAAUUUCGAGUCUCAUAGCAAAGGGUCUGAAUACUUAUGUAAAUAAGGUAUUUCUGUUUUUUUAAUUUGUAUACAUUUGCUAAAAAACUGUUUUCACUUUGUCAUUAUGGGGUGUUGUGUGUAGAUUGAGGGGGAAAAAAUAAUUUCAUCAAUUUUAGAAUAAGGCUGUAACGUAACAAAGUGGAAAAAGUCAAGGGGUCUGAAUACUUUCCGAAUGAAGAAAUGUGAGUGAGCCCACUCCCUUGGCUGAGGAGCAACUCCACACAUGAAUGGUCUCAGGAUGCUUUACUGUUGGCAUGACACAGGACUGAUGGUAGCACUCACCUUGUCUUCUCCGGACAAGGUAUUUCCCGGAUGCGCCAAACAAUUGGAAAGGGGAUUCAUCAGAGAAAAUGCCUUUACCCCAGUCCUCAGAAGUCCAAUCCCUGUACCUUUUGCAGAAUAUCAGUCUGUCUCUGAUGUUUUUCCUGGAGAGAAGUGGCUUCUUUGCUGCCCUUCUUGACACCAGGCCAUCCUCAAAGUCUUCGCCUCACUGUGCAUGCAGAUGCACUCACACCUGCCUGCUGCCAUUCCUGAGCAAGCUCUGCACUGGUGGUGCCCCGAUCCCGCAGCUGAAUCAACUUUAGAAGACGAUCCUGGAGCUUGCUGGACUUUCUUGGGCGCCGUGAUGCCUUCUUCACAACAAUUGAACCUCUCUCCUUGAAGUUCUUGAUGAUCCAAUAAAUGGUUGAUUUAGGUGCAAUCUUACUAGCAGCAAUAUCCUUGCCUGUGAAGCCCUUUUUGUGCAAAGCAAUGAUGACGGCACGUGUUUCCUUGCAGGUAACCAUGGUUAACAGAGGAAGAACAAUGAUUUCAAGCACCACCCUCCUUUUUAAAGCUUCCAGUCUGUUAUUCUAACUCAAUCAGCAUGACAGAGUGAUCUCCAGGCUUGUCCUCGUCAACACUCUCACCUGUGUUAAUGAGAGAAUCACUGACAUGGCAGCUGGUCCUUUUGUGGCAGGGCUGAUAUGAAGUGGAAAUGUUUUUUGGGGAUUAAGUUCAUUUUCAUGGCAAAGAGGGACUUUGCAAUUCAUCUGAUCACUCUUCAUGACAUUCUGGAGUAUAUGCAAAUUGCCAUCAUCAAAACUGAGGCAGCAGACUUUGUGAAAAUUAGUAUUUGUGUCAUUCUCAAAACCUUUGACCACGACUGUAUGUUAUAAAAUAGGCCUACAAUGUACCUCAAUGAAUGGUUACAAUUACAUGAUUGUUUCUCACCUUCCUCAGAAGUGUGAGGGGAUGCUGCCAGUGGAGUUCCGCUCAUUUGCUGUGGAUCCUCAGAUAACGUCACUAGAGGUGCUACAGCACAUCCUCAUCCGAGCUUUCGAGUUAAAUGGGUGAGAAGCAUCAUCAACAUCAUAACGUCUACAGUGUUGUUGAUUGACAUGGAAAGCAGAAUAGCGGAGGUGCAUAAAAGUGGCAGGCCCCAUGCACUUAUGACAAAUGCCUUGUUUUCUAAGUUUGCCCUAUUGUACAUUGCUCUCAGUUACUCUUUUUUGUGUGUUGGAAUUUUGGAUGACUGUAAUUGGCCAGCCACAUUUUUUUGUUUUUUUUGACGCACAUUUUCUCCUUUCCUCCGCUCCGGACUGCAUGUGCUGCCAUAGAAAUAGAGUUAGCGUCACCAUUCAAGUCAAUGAUGGCAUAAUGGGUGGACUGGCAGCCAUUGCGAGUGUACCCAUAGGAACAAGGCAGGAAGUAAAAGCAGGAAGUAAAAACCAUCAAUAUGUGCUGUGAUUUGUUGAUUCAACUCAACUGACAUUACAAAAAAUACAUCCCAUUGCAUGAGCCACAUCAGUUAACAUCAUUUGAAUCAUAGAGGUCCUAUUAACUUACAGUAUUCUAAUUCCUUAUUUGAAUGAACAUUCUACAUUACCAUGGAAAUUAUGGCAUCACAAUACCAGGCAGCCAUUGCGAGUGUACCCAUGAGUUUACCAGUCAAAUUGCCAGGGUUAGAGCUUACAAGCCCAUUCUAUUCAUUGCUUGUUCAACACCUUGCUUGUUUCAGCAAGGAGCAACAAAGUUUCAUCACAUUUUUAAGAGACCAUGUAAUCGCAGAAAUGGACUCAACCGCGCAAAUGCCGGGCUGUUUUUUUUUUUGUAAAAGUGUUAUUUUACGGUCUUCAUCCAUAACCUUUUGUUAUACGGUAAUUAUGCCAGCCCUAGCAUUAGCACAGUAUACAUGAUCCCAAUUUUAGCUCCAAGACGCCGGCAAUUUGAAAAGCCGCAAUAGUAGAUUGUGCUGAUUUAUUGGCGCAUUGAACCAUUUUGCGUGCCGUAGUUAAAAAAAACUUAAUGGAUAAUGCUAAAACAAUGACAGCAUACAGUGGGGAAAAAAGUAUUUAGUCAGCCACCAAUUGUGCAAGUUCUCCCACUUAAAAAGAUGAGAGAGGCCUGUAAUUUUCAUCAUAGGUACACGUCAACUAUGACAGACAAAAUGAGGAAAAAAAAUCCAGAAAAUCACAUUGUAGGAUUUUUAAUGAAUUUAUUUGCAAAUUAUGGUGGAAAAUAAGUAUUUGGUCAAUAACAAAAGUUUCUCAAUACUUUGUUAUAUACCCUUUGUUGGCAAUGACACAGGUCAAACGUUUUCUGUAAGUCUUCACAAGGUUUUCACACACUGUUGCUGGUAUUUUGGCCCAUUCCUCCAUGCAGAUCUCCUCUAGAGCAGUGAUGUUUUGGGGCUGUCGCUGGGCAACACGGACUUUCAACUCCCUCCAAAGAUUUUCUAUGGGGUUGAGAUCUGGAGACUGGCUAGGCCACUCCAGGACCUUGAAAUGCUUCUUACGAAGCCACUCCUUCGUUGCCCGGGCGGUGUGUUUGGGAUCAUUGUCAUGCUGAAAGACCCAGCCACGUUUCAUCUUCAAUGCCCUUGCUGAUGGAAGGAGGUUUUCACUCAAAAUCUCACGAUACAUGGCCCCAUUCAUUCUUUCCUUUACACAGAUCAGUCGUCCUGGUCCCUUUGCAGAAAAACAGCCCCAAAGCAUGAUGUUUCCACCCCCAUGCUUCACAGUAGGUAUGGUGUUCUUUGGAUGCAACUCAGCAUUCUUUGUCCUCCAAACACGACGAGUUAAGUUUUUACCAAAAAGUUAUAUUUUGGUUUCAUCUGACAUUCUCCCAAUCCUCUUCUGGAUCAUCCAAAUGCACUCUAGCAAACUUCAGACGGGCCUGGACAUGUACUGGCUUAAGCAGGGGGACACGUCUGGCACUGCAGGAUUUGAGUCCCUGGCGGCGUAGUGUGUUACUGAUGGUAGGCUUUGUUACUUUGGUCCCAGCUCUCUGCAGGUCAUUCACUAGGUCCCCUCGUGUGGUUCUGGGAUUUUUGCUCACAGUUCUUGUGAUCAUUUUGACCCCACGGGGUGAGAUCUUGCAUGGAGUCCCAGAUCGAGGGAGAUUAUCAGUGGUCUUGUAUGUCUUCCAUUUCCUAAUAAUUGCUCCCACAGUUGAUUUCUUCAAACCAAGCUGCUUACCUAUUGCAGAUUCAGUCUUCCCAGCCUGGUGCAGGUCUACAAUUUUGUUUCUGGUGUCCUUUGACAGCUCUUUGGUCUUGGCCAUAGUGGAGUUUGGAGUGUGACUGUUUGAGGUUGUGGACAGGUGUCUUUUAUACUGAUGAUAAGUUCAAACAGGUGCCAUUAAUACAGGUAACGAGUGGAGGACAGAGGAGCCUCUUAAAGAAGAAGUUACAGCUCUGUGAGAGCCAGAAAUCUUGCUUGUUUGUAGGUGACCAAAUACUUAUUUUCCACCAUAAUUUGCAAAUAAAUUCAUUAAAAAUCCUACAAUGUGAUUUUAGUUGACGUGUACCUAUGAUGAAAAUUACAGGCCUCUCAUCUUUUUAAGUGGGAGAACUUGCACAAUUGGUGGCUGACUAAAUACUUUUUCUCCCACUGUAUCUGAAUUUAGCGUCUUUAUGCACCUUCGCCAUUCUGCAGACAAUAUUAGAAAGUAUUGUUUUGAGAGAAAGCUUUGCCUACAGUAAAGUUUAAAGAAAUGAUGGAGUGGGACAUACAGUGCAUUUGGAAAGUAUUCAGACCCCUUCCCUUUUUCCACAUUUUGUUACGUUACAGACUUGGAUUAAAUGGAUUAAAUGAAUUUUUACCCCAUUAUGACAAAGUGAAAAGUUGUUUUGUUUGUGAAAAUUUAUUUUUAAAAAAAAACGGAUGCCUUAUUUACAUAAGUAUUCAGACCCUCGAAAUUGAGCUCAGGUGCAUCCUGUUUCCAUUGAUCAUCCUUGAUGUUUCUACAACUUGAUUGGAGUCCACCUGUGGUAAACCACCUGUGGCCUCCAUCAUUCUUAAAUGGAAGAAGUUUGGAACCACCAAGACUCUUCCAAGAGCUAGCCACCUGGCCUUGGUAAGGGAGGUGACCAAAAACCCGAUGGUCAUUCUGACAGCGCUCCAGGGUUCCUCUGUGGAGAUGGGAGAACCUUCCAGAAGGAUAACCAUCUCUGCAGCACUCCACCAAUCAGGCCUUUAUAGUAGAGUGGCCAGACGGAAGCCACUCCUCAGUAAAAGGCACAUGACAGCCCGCUUGGAGUUUGCCAAAGGGGAACUAAAGGACUCAGAACAAGAUUAUUUGGCCAGAAUGCCAAGCGUCACGUCUGGAGGAAACCUGGCGCCAUCCCUACGGUGAAGCAUGGUGGUGGCAGCAUCAUGCAAUGGGGAUGUUUUUCAGCGGCAGGGACUGGGAGACUAGUCAGGAUCAAGGGAAAGAUGAACAGAGCAAAGUACAGAGAUCCUUGAUGAAAACCUGCUCCAGAGUGCUCAGGACCUCAGACUGGGGCAAAGGUUCACCUUGCAACAGGACAACGACCCUAAGCACACAGCCAAGACAACGCAGGAGUGGCUUCAGGAAAGUCUCUGAAUGUCCUUGAGUGGCCCAGCCAGAGGCCGGAUUUGAACCCGAUCGAACAUCUCUGGAGAGACCUGAUAAUAGCUGUGCAGCAACGCUCCCCAUCCAACCUGACAGAGCUUGAGAGGAUCUGCAGAGAAGAAUGGGAGAAACUCCCCAAAUACAGGUGUGCCAAGCUUGUAGCGUCAUACCCAAGAAGACUCAAGGCUGUAAUCGCUGCCAAAGGUCCUUCAACAAAGUACUGAGUAAAGGGUCUGAAUACUUAUGUAAAUGUGAUAUUUCAGUGUUUUUAUUUAUUUAAAGCUGUUUUUGCUUUGUGAUUAUGGGGUAUUGUGUGUAUAUUGAGGACACAUUUUUAUUUAAUCUAUUUUAGAAUAAGGCUGUAAUGUAACAAAAUGGGGAAAAAGUCAAGGGGUCUGAAUACUUUCCAAAUGCACUGUAUUUGGAUUGCCAUGCUUUCUAGAAUAGAUAUCAGCUUUUUUAAAAUCUAUUUUUUUUUCUUGUUUCCUAAUUAGCAAACGCAACUUUGGGAUAAGUUACCUCUCCCGGGACCGUGGAGGUGUGGAAGUGUAUCUCUCUCUCCUUUCUGACUGGGAUUUAGAUGCUGCUUUUGUCAGUGCUGCUAAACCUUAUCUACAGCUCAAGAUGGACAUUCAUCUCUCCGAAGACAGUAAGCAGACUUGUCAAACAUUCACUUGUAUAUCCAUUUAGGUCAUUUAGUGAAAGCCAAUCUCUUGUUAAUGUCAGUCUCUGUUUGUGUUCCUUUGGGUCACCACUAAGAACUGGUACAGUCGUUGAUUUGGUGUGUGUGUGUGAUUCAGUAUUAACAAUUAAAGGCCACUCUAAAAUCUGCAGUUUUCUCACACAACACAAUGCUACAGAUGUCUCAAGUUUUGAGGGAGCGUGCAAUUAGCAUGCUGACCGCAGGAAUGUCCACCAGAACUGUUGCCAGAGCAUUGAAUGUCAAUAAGCCACCUCCAAUGUCGUUUUAGAGAAUUUGGCAGUACGUCCAACCGGCCUCACAACCGUAGACCACGUGUAACCACACCAGCCCAGGACCUCCACAUCCGGCUUCUUCACCUGCGGGAUCGUCUGAAACCAGUCACCCGGACAGCUAAUGAAACUGUGGGUUUGCACAACCGAAGAAGUUAUGCACAAACUGUCAGAAACUGUCUCGGGGAAGCUCAUCUCAGGGAAGCUCAUCCGUCUGCCUGCAAUCUGCCUGGUACAGUUGAAACCGGGAUUAAUCCGUGAAGAGCAUACUUCUCCAGCAAGCCAGUGGCCAUCGAAGGAGAGCAUUUGCCCACUGAUGUCGGUUAAAACACCGAACUGCAGUCAGCGCAAGACCCUGGUGAGGACGAUGUCGUGUGGGCGAGUGGUUUGCUGAUGUGAACAGAGUGCCCCGUGGUGGUGGGGUUAUGGUAUGCAAUGGCAUAAGCUACGGACAACGAACACAAUUGCAUUUUAUCGUUGGCAAUUGUAAUGCACAGAGAUACCGUGACGAGAUUCUGAGGCCUAUUUUCGUGCCAUUCAUCCACCGCCAUCACCUCGUGUUUCAGCAUGAUAAUGCAUGGCCCCAUGUCGCAAGGAACUGUACACAAUUCCCAGAAGCUGAAAAUGAAAUAAAUAAACGUCACCACCCAUUGAGCAUGUUUGGGAUGCUCUGGAUCGACGUGUACAAUAGUGUGUUCCAAUUCCCACCAAUAUCCAGCAACUUCUUACAGCCAUUGAAGAGGAGUCGGACAACAUUCCACAGGCCACAAUCAACAACCUGAUCAACUCUAUGCGAAGGAGAUGUCGCGCUGCUGACUUUUUCUGAUCCACGCACCUACGUUUUUUAAAAGUGAUCUGUGACCAACAGAUGCAUAUCUGUAUUCCCAGUCGUGAAAUCCAUAGAUUAGGGCCUAAUGAACUUAUUUCAAUUGACUGAUUUAUAUAUGAACGGUAACACAGUAAAAUCUUUGAAAUUGUUCAGUGUAGUUUGUACCAAGCAUCUCUUCCCCAUUUUUAACUUUUUUUGUAAUAUAUUUGUGGGCCUCUCCUUCAUACAUUCAUUGAUCGAUCACCUCGUUUUCCCACUUUCUUAUUCCCUUAAGGUCCCGUUAUGGAAGAAUGGGACAUAAUAAGCCCCAAAGAUGUGAUUGGUUCUGACCAGCUUCCUGGGGAUAGGAGGUCCUUGGCGGCUGCCGCCCUUCCCUUCACCCAGUCCCUGCUGUCCCAGGUUACUGACGACACUCUCGCUCUUCACACUGUCAGCCAUAUUUUUUACCAUCCAGUCAGUGCUGCCUUGAGUCAGGACCUUCUGCUAAUGCUAAAUAUGUCCACUAGGUUAGUGUUGCUUCCAAUGACCCACCUGGGGUUUAAACUCUCGCUGUCUGUCUCUGUUCAGAUGAUGGGUCGAACGCUGUCCAGAGUACAGCAGGCCUUGAGCUGGUCGUACGGGGAGGAGGUGAAGCCUUUCAAGCCCCCUCUGAGUGAUGCCGAGUUCCACAGUUACCUCAAUGGCCAGGGCCAGCUGUCCCGGCCAGAGGAACUGAGGCUGCGCAUCUAUCAUGGUGGGGUGGAGCCCUCUCUACGCAAGGUAAUUGGACAUUCACUGAGCGAUUCCAACAGCAAGUCUGCUACCGGACAGCUUUUUUAACCCUCAAUACCAGACAGUUUCACAAAUCUAAUUUGAAAUUGCUGAAAUAUCAGAUCAAAUCACAUAGGGCCGAAUCCUAACUUGAGUGUGUGUAACUUAGACUUUCCCCUAAACCUUGCAUUGAUGUCAAUGGGAGAUUUAUGCAACAUUUGAGUUGCGAUUGAGAAGGGCAUAUGUUCUCCAAAACAUUGACGGGAAGUGUUUACUUAUGCUCUUUGGAUGUUAAUAAUUUCCUAAAAUGUGGAUUAGAUGUGGGAAUAGAGCAUUUGGGUGUAUCCUUGUUGUAUUUUGGAGUGUAAACAGACUAUCUAUGUAGGUCAUUCAAUGUGGAACAAGAAAAAAUAGCACAAAGAAAUGCCAUUUGGAGGUAGGAGAGCUAUAUUUAUAUAUUACUGUGUUAUAUGAACGCAGAGAUUUUAGCUAUAUCCUGUAUGUCAAAAACCCUUUCCUCUGUGCCCAGGUUGUCUGGCGAUACCUCCUGAACGUGUACCCCGAUGGGCUGACCGGUCAGGAGAGAAUGGACUACAUGAAGAGCAAGACUAGGGAGUAUGACCAGCUGAAGGGGGAGUGGUCAGCAAGGGCCAGUCCAGAGGACCUGGAGUUCAUCAGGGGCAACGUACUGAAGGACGUCCUGAGGACCGACCGGGCCCAUCCCUAUUACGCCGGCUCAGAGGACAGCCCCCACCUCACUGCUCUCACCGACCUGCUUACCACCUUUGCCAUUACACAUCCACAGGUGUGGGGAUCUAUAUUUUGUUUGCAUUCUUUUUAAUUUCCUUGACAUGCAGACAUGCUAAAGGGUUUGGUAUUAUAAAUGCAGUGAACGAAGGAUAUGCUCAACUCCUCUUCUCCUCUCCUCUGCUCUCCUCUGCUCUGCUCUGCUCUGCUCUGCUCUCCUCUCCCCUUCCCUCCUCAUCUCCUCUCCCCUCCCCUCCUCAUCUCCUCUCCCCUCCCCUCCUCAUCUCCUCUCCUCUUCCUUCCUCAUCUCAUCUCCUCUUCCCUCCUCAUCUCAUCUCUUCCCUCCUCCUCAUCUCAUCUCCUCUCCCCUCCCCUCCUUUCUCCCCUCUCCCCUGUUUGGCAUCUUAGAUUCUGAUUAUUUGCUAUUGAGUUAUGAUUAGUAAACUCAGUCUGCCUGCAGUGAUAUGUAAGCCCAGUUGUUGGAGAUCAUAUGUCAGGGCUCCAGACUGCGACCAUUUAGUCGCAUCUUGCGACCCUUUGACUUGUUAUAUUAUAUUAUAUUUGGUCGCAUUGAUGCGAUCUCACAUUCUACAUGCUCACCUCACUCCAAACAUCCUAUUUUUUAAGCUACUAAAACCAUGAUUUGGUCAAACAGUAAUGUGCAUUAUCCUCAUGAUUCCUGUAAUGAAAGUCUCUGCCCUGUGCCUGUUUCGCUGGGGCCUUCUGCUGUGAUUAGCGAGCCACGCACUCCCUCUCCCCCAUACUCUGGGAGAAAAACAUUUGUUCUGAUUGUAGGCUAUACCAUUUCAAUUACUAUUGUCACUGUUGAAGAGAGGAGAUUAUCAGCUUUCUGUAGGUACAAUUUGUAUUUCUUGACUCUUAAUAUUGAGCUCUAUUUUACAACCAAGAUAUUUGAAAUUACUUUGAGAUACGUAGCGAGCUAAAAGCGCAUCAGCCAUUGCAGGCCUCAUUGUGAAGUUUUUUUAGGACAUUGAAUUUACUAUUAGAUUAGGGAUCAUUCAAGGGGGGGAUUCAGCAUGCUUUUGUGGCACAGUCGAUGCCAUGCAGGGUUAUGGGCCAGAAGGUUGAGGGUUCGCCGACCACCACGGACGAGCUCACUCUCCCUGCCCGUUUCAUUACACUACGGUCAGAGCCGGCUGCAGACAAUGAUCAGCUAGGAGGGCAUCAGAUUUUCAACAUUUACAUGCUACAUUUAUGAUAUAAAAUAUAUUCAACAAAUCUUCCACCAACCGGUUUCUGUGCCACCGCACAACCAAUAAGUAAAGAAUAUGGCACUUCAACAUCAUGGUUUGCGUUUUCAACACCACAAUCAAAUACUGUCAUUCUCGAAAAAGAGUAAAUGCAUCCCUCCCUAUCUUAUAUCGAAGGCUUAGCUUGACAAUCUCCUAAUGUCAUUAAACUUUUUGAUGUUUUGUAACGUCUUUUUCCAUUCAUCAAAUGGCCGGUGCACAUUGCACUGUUUGGAUGCUGGAAUUAUAUUAGCGUGGACGAACAUGCGCAAGUAGCCUACAGGAGACUUUUCUAAUCAGAUGAAAACAUUGACUGGUUGUGUUUAUGCUGCAUAUACAGUGGGGGAAAAAAAGUAUUUAGUCAGCCACCAAUUGUGCAAGUUCUCCCACUUAAAAAGAUGAGAGAGGCCUGUAAUUUUCAUCAUAGGUACACGUCAACUAUGACAGACAAAUUGAGAAGAAAAAAAUCCAGAAAAUCACAUUGUAGGAUUUUUUAUGAAUUUAUUUGCAAAUUAUGGUGGAAAAUAAGUAUUUGGUCCCCUACAAACAAGCAAGAUUUCUGGCUCUCACAGACCUGUAACUUCUUCUUUAAGAGGCUCCUCUGUCCUCCACUCGUUACCUGUAUUAAUGGCACCUGUUUGAACUUGUUAUCAGUAUAAAAGACACCUGUCCACAACCUCAAACAGUCACACUCCAAACUCCACUAUGGCCAAGACCAAAGAGCUGUCAAAGGACACCAGAAACAAAAUUGUAGACCUGCACCAGGCUGGGAAGACUGAAUCUGCAAUAGGUAAGCAGCUUGGUUUGAAGAAAUCUACUGUGGGAGCAAUUAUUAGGAAAUGGAAGACAUACAAGACCACUGAUAAUCUCUCUCGAUCUGGGGCUCCACGCAAGAUCUCACCCCGUGGGGUCAAAAUGAUCACAAGAACAGUGAGCAAAAAUCCCAGAACCACACGGGGGGACCUAGUGAAUGACCUGCAGAGAGCUGGGACCAAAGUAACAAAGCCUACCAUCAGUAACACACUACGCCGCCAGGGACUCAAAUCCUGCAGUGCCAGACGUGUCCCCCUGCUUAAGCCAGUACAUGUCCAGGCCCGUCUGAAGUUUGCUAGAGUGCAUUUGGAUGAUCCAGAAAAGGAUUGGGAGAAUGUCAUAUGGUCAGAUGAAACCAAAAUAGAACUUUUUGGUAAAAACUCAACUCGUCGUGUUUGGAGGACAAAGAAUGCUGAGUUGCAUCCAAAGAACACCAUGCCUACUAUGAAGCAUGGGGGUGGUAACAUCAUGCUUUGGGGCUGUUUUUCUGCAAAGGUACCAGGACGACUGAUCCGUGUAAAGGAAAGAAUGAAUGGGGCCAUGUAUCGUGAGAUUUUGAGUGAAAACCUCCUUCCAUCAGCAAGGGCAUUACAUUUACAUUUUAGUCAUUUAGCAGACGCUCUUAUCCAGAGCGACUUACAGUUAGUGAGUGCAUACAUAUUUUCUUUUUGAAUUUUUCAUACUGGCCCCCCGUGGGAAUCAAACCCACAACCCUGGCGUUGCAAACGCCAUGUUCUACCAACUGAGCUACAUCCCUGCCGGCCAUUCCCUCCUCUACCCUGGACGACGCUGGGCCAAUUGUGCGCCGCCCCAUGGGUCUCCCGGUCGCGGCCGGCUACGACAGAGCCUGGAUUCGAACCAGGAUCUCUAGUGGCACAGACCACUGCGCCACUCGGGAGACUUGAAGAUGAAAUGUGGCUGGGUCUUUCAGCAUUACAAUGAUCCCAAACACACCGCCCGGGCAACGAAGGAGUGGCUUCGUAAGAAGCAUUUCAAGGUCCUGGAGUGGCCUAGCCAGUCUCCAGAUCUCAACCCCAUAGAGGGAGUUGAAAGUCCGUGUUGCCCAGCGACAGCCCCAAAACAUCACUGCUCUAGAGGAGAUCUGCAUGGAGGAAUGGGCCAAAAUACCAGCAACAGUGUGUGAAAACCUUGUGAAGACUUACAGAAAACGUUUGACCUGUGUCAUUGCCAACAAAGGGUAUAUAACAAAGUGUUGAGAAACUUUUGUUAUUGACCAAAUACUUAUUUUCCACCAUAAUUUGCAAAUAAAUUCAUUAAAAAUCCUACAAUGUGAUUUUCUGGUUUUUUUUCCCUCAUUUUGUCUGUCAUAGUUGACGUGUACCUAUGAUGAAAAUUACAGGCCUCUCUCAUCUUUUUAAGUGGGAGAACUUGCACAAUUGGUGGCUGACUAAAUACUUUUUUUCCCCACUGUAAAAUGCCAUGCAUUUUAAAAGUUAAAUGACAAAUAUAUUUAGGCUAUAUUGACACGUCAGGUUCAAAGUGCACGAGGAAUAGCCGCUCGGAUCGUAGAGGAAGCAGAGCGUGCAUUAAGCUUUCCUGGAUAACUGGGCCUGCUGGAAGCAUAUGUGGCCACAUUAUUAUAGGAGGAGUUGGGAGAAUGAUGAACCACAACAGACAGCACAUCUCAGUACCAGAAGCAGAAAUCCAGCCAGACUGGCCUGCUACUGUGCCUUUCUUGUCCUUUUUAAGGCUUUGGCUCGUGAGACUGCUUUGAAAUAAAUGUUAAUCACCAAAGCUUUAUUAAAAGAUCUAGUCUGGCAGCAGCAAAACAGUGAGCAGACAUCCCCUCUUUAUCUUUGUAUUGUGCAUUAUUUUAGCCAGCUCCUAAUUAUUAUUUUGGACGUGCUUAAAACCCCCUCCAUAUAUGUCCAUAUGCCCAUCAUGAAACGAGAAAUGAGAUGAUGCCAGUGCAGCGACCCUCUUUUAUUAGAAACGUUUAAGUUACUUUACUGUAACAGCUGCUUGUUUUGGUUUCACUUGAUUAAAAACCAAGCCCUCAGUAGGCUACCCUUAUCCUACUGUAACGGAGUCUGGUUCAACAGCAAUGUGUCGUCGGGUGUCUUUCUUUUAUCCUGGCCUUGUAGCCUAUCCAUAAAAGGUGUUUAAAUCGUCCAUUCGUGAGAGUGCCUUGAAUUGAAAAAUACUGCACAUCCUAAAACAUACACAUAUGCCUACCUGCAUACUUCAUUUUGCUUAAAGUGCCCAUCCUCAUUUCCAAAGAGAGCCUCUCAUCCAACCGGACGCACUCCUCCAAACUUCAAUUAUUAAGUCCUAUAACCUGUCGAGAGUAGACCCACAACUGAUCCAAAUGGUUGCCUUGGCUAGAUGGAGUUAAUUCGGAAUGAAGCAUUCAAAUCACAGGGCUUUUGCACCGUUAUUCAAAUGACAUUCACUGCAUUUUACAGCCUAGAGUAGAAUCUUGUACUCAUUUGAAAACAAUAAUGCAAUUAUUCAAUGCAUUGUGCUGUUGUUGGCUAGUCUAGGUUGGAUAAUUUUAUUGUCCCUAAAUAAGAUCAAUAGGGGAACUUUUUGGAGCAGCGUAUCUCAUCACUUAACUGUUCUUUUCAUGCACAAUGGCCUCUCCGCUGCCUAUCAGCUAUUCCUCUUUGUUGUUUUGGAUUUAUAUUGAAAGCUUUGAAUGAUUUUAUGUGUGGUAUGAUUACUAGUUAGCUGAUUUGCAGAUCUGGACAAACAAUCCACCUACCACUAAUGUCACUAUGAAUGGUGGAUAGAGGGCAGGAUCGACUGGUAGACUGUGUAUAAUUAGCAUGCCGAAAAGUGUUGUGCAUAAGGAAAGUACCAAAGCACCUUGAGGGGAGGCAAGCAGAUGAGGAAAUUUGGCUAGGAUGGAAGAAAUUAUAUAGUAAAACGGCAAAUGGAAACCGGGGGGAAAAUGCACUAUCCUCCCCUGUGCCCAAUAAAAAAAUCCUCCCCAAAGCAAGAAAAUAAAAGUGACCCCCAUCCCAAGUAAUCCCUUAAUACAUGGCUACCGGCAGUGGGUAUUAUGUUUAGAGUUAGUGAUCUACAGUGAGGGAAAAAAGUAUUUGAUCCCCUGCUGAUUUUGUACGUUUGCCCACUGACAAAGACAUGAUCAGUCUAUAAUUUUAAUGGUAGGUUUAUUUGAACAGUGAGAGACAGAAUAACAACAAAAACAUCCAGAGAAACGCAUGUCAAAAAUGUUAUAAAUUGAUUUGCAUUUUAAUGAGGGAAAUAAGUAUUUGACCCCUCUGCAAAACAUGACUACUUGGUGGCAAAACCCUUGUUGGCAAUCAGAAGUCAGACGUUUCUUGUAGUUGGCCACCCGGUUUGCACACAUCUCAGGAGGGAUUUUGUCCCACUCCUCUUUGCAGAUCUUCUUCAAGUCAUUAAGGUUUCGAGGCUGACGUUUGGCAACUCGAACCUUCAGCUCCCUCCACAGAUUUCCUAUGGGAUUAAGGUCUGGAGUCUGGCUAGGCCACUCCAGGACCUUAAUGUGCUUCUUCUUGAGCCACUCCUUUGCUGCCUUGGCCGUGUGUUUUGGGUCAUUGUCAUGCUGGAAUACCCAUUUUCAAUACCCUGGCUGAGGGAAGGAGGUUCUCACCCAAGAUUUGACGGUACAUGGCCCCGUUCAUCGUCCCUUUGAUGCGGUGAAGUUGUCCUGUCCCCUUAGCAGAAAAACACCCCCAAAGCAUAAUGUUUCCACCUCCAUGUUUGACAGUGGGGAUGGUGUUCUUGGGGUCAUAGGCAGCAUUCCUCCUCUUCCAAACAUGGCGAGUUGAGUUGAUGCCAAAGAGCGUGAUUUUGGUCUCAUCUGACCACAACACUUUCACCCAGUUCUCCUCUGAAUCAUUCAGAUGUUCAUUGGCAAACUUCAGAUGGCCCUGUAUAUGUGCUUUCUUGAGCAGGGGGACCUUGCGGGCGCUGCAGGAUUUCAGUCCUUCACGGCGUAGUGUGUUACCAAUUGUUUUCUUGGUGACUAUGGUCCCAGCUGCCUUGAGAUCAUUGACAAGAUCCUCCUGUGUAGUUCUGGGCUGAUUCCUCACCGUUUUCAUGAUCAUUGCAACUCCACGAGGUGAGAUCUUGCAUGGAGCCCCAGGCCGAGGGAGAUUGAGAGUUAUUUUGUGUUUCUUCCAUUUGCGAAUAAUCGCACUUCUCACCAAGCUGCUUGGCGAUGGUCUUGUAGUCCAUUCCAGCCUUGUGUAGGUCUACAAUCUUGUCCCUGACAUCUUGGAGAGCUCUUUGGUCUUGGCCAUGGUGGAGAGUUUGGAAUCUGAUUGAUUGAUUGCUUCUGUGGACAGGUGUCUUUUAUACAGGUAACAAGAUGAGAUUAGGAGCACUCCCUUUAAGAGUGUGCUCCUAAUCUCAGCUCAUUACCUGUAUAAAAGAUACCUGGGAGCCAGAAAUCUUCCUGAUUUGAGAGGGGGUCAAAUACUUAUUUCCCUCAUUAAAAUGCAAAUCAAUUUAUAACAUUUUUGACAUGCGUUUCUCUGGAUUUUGUUGUUGUUAUUCUGUCUCUCACGUUCAAAUAAACCUACCAUUAAAAUUAUAGACUGAUAAUUUCUUUGUCAGUGGACAAAUGUACAAAAUCAGCAGGGGAUCAAAUACUUUUUUCCCUCACUGUAGCUAAUGUGUUUUGAGUUUCCACUUACUCAGGUGGUGAAUUAGCCCCAAAUAAAUUAGCCUAUGAUAUUAAUGCAUAUAAAGAUGUAGGCAAAUGUAUCUCUAUUGAACAAAAUACAAUUCUGAAGCCCUAUUUUAACAGUAAAAUAGAACAACAAUAGCCUAAUUGUCAACCCAAGAUUUGACAAUCACUGUAUUAGGUUGCACAUCAAAAUAUCUUGAAUCAUGCAUUCCUGCAUGCACAUGUUUAGAUGAAACUACUUGUUUCUUGAAUAUCAUCUCAGUAGUCUAUUACACCUCUUAAUAAAGGACUGUGAAUGAUUACACAUUUUUUCUAUUGCGUGACGCCAAAAUCAUGGGCUGGUGCCACCAACUGAAAACGUUAGUGGCACCAGGGAGAAAUCUUAGUCUGGUGCCCUGUAUAUUUUUGCUGUGUUUAAUUUAUUCUGAACUCUUUGUUUCGUAGGUGUCGUACUGCCAAGGCAUGAGUGAUAUUGCUUCUCCGAUACUUGCCGUCAUGGACAAUGAGGCACAUGCAUUCAUCUGUUUCUGUGGCAUCAUGAAACGCCUAGAGGGCAACUUCUGCCCGGAUGGCCAAUUCAUGUCCGUCAAGUUCCAGCAUCUGAAGCUGCUACUGCAGUACUCCGACCCCGAGUUCUACUGUUAUUUGGUGUCCCGCGGAGCUGAUGACCUGUUCUUCUGUUACCGCUGGCUGCUCUUGGAACUCAAACGGGAGUUUGCCUUCGACGAUGCCCUGAGGAUGCUGGAGGUCACCUGGAGCUCCCUGCCCCCUGACCCUCCUGAAACAGAAGUGGAGCUUCUUGGGCCGCCGCUAGAAACAGACCAGACCAUAGUGACAUGUGAGAGUGGUGUUGAAAAGAGGCCCGCCAUUACAGGGGAUGCUGGUGAAGAAGGGGAGCAGAAAGAGAAGCAGCGGAGACGACACAUGUUGAGGCCCUCAAGAGAGGAGGCAGAUGGGGGGAGAAGGAUCAAAAUGGAGGAAGGAAAGAGGGAGGACAGAGGAGCCAGAAGAGAGGGUGAGGGGAACUUUGACAUGCCUUACGUAGGAAAGGAGCAGGCGCACAACAAUGUGCCUGUUCCUUCCUUCGAGAAGCAGACCAGUUUUGACGAGUUCAAAUACUACAGUGCACGGAACAAGGACAGCUUAGAUUUCGAGGAGAGAGCCCCACCAGAGGGUCCUGUUGAGAUGGAAGCCUCCUCGCACCCAGGGGAGAGAGCGCAUCUUAUAACGGACGUUGACAAGUCCUCCAACCCAGAUACAGAGGAGAGGAGCUCCCCAAAUGGACAAAUAGCCUCUCCGGCCUCCUCGUUUCCCCCUGGCCUGCCAAGCUGGAAGAAUGGUUCCUCUCUGUCUCCAGGGUCCACUCCCUCCCCCUCGAGUUGGAGAGGUGCCUCCCCAGACACCCCGUCACCAAAGUUCACCUCUCCCAUUUUACCCAACGGAAGGGUUGAGUCGCCAGAGAAAGCCACAAGAGGGUUUGCUUCCUUUGCCUCGGUGCCGAAUGGAACCGGAGCCAACUCACCCGCUACCCCCACAGGGAGGUCCUUGGUUUCCUCUCCGCUGUUGUCUCGAGCGUUGCUCUCCUCGCCUAUUUUGUCCUUCGGGAGAGCUCUUCCUUCGCUGCCCGUCGGAACGGUGAACAAGUCCUUUUCUAGUAACCUCCAAUCUCCUUGCAGCAGAGCCUCCAGCACCGCGCCCCACACUCCAAAUUCAACCAAACCAGAGAAUACCACCAUCAAACCUUGUUCCCUGCCACCUCCUCAAGAGUUUGGCAAAGGAAAUCCAUUCAUGUUGUUCCUGUGCCUGUCGAUCCUGCUGGAGCAUCGAGACCACAUUAUAAAGAACAGCUUUGAUUACAACGAGCUGGCUAUGCACUUUGACCGCCUUGUUCGUAGACACAAUCUGGGCAGGGUGCUGCAGCGCGCCAAGGCCUUGUUUGCGGACUACCUGCAGAGUGAGGUAUGGGAUUCGGAGGAAGGGGACGAGGUCAGCUCUGAUUCGCCCACCACAGUCACUGCUGCUCUGCACUCCCCGCCCCCCUCGGCCACCAGGCCUCUUUUUACCCCUUUGUCAUCCCCACAACCAUCCUCCCCAAACUCCACCUAUAACCUGGCUGACACCAUACCUUCCCCUUCUUCACCUCUCCCUCUCUCCUUCUUGACUUCUGUCACUAUAUCCCCAACACACUACAAUGACUAA